CGUACACAUUCUCAAAGAGAGCGGGAAAAGAGGACAGGAAAGAACGAGAGUUUCACACAUUUUCAAGAAUCGAAAGUUGUGCACAUUUUCACAGGUUUUACCAUGACCCCGAUGAGGCUAUGAUCCAAGCACCCAAGAUUUCGAUCUGGAAGCAAGCCAUCGUCGACCGAUUGAAGAGAUGCGCGAGCGGAAGCGAGCUCGAAUCCAUCUACGCCUCCAUGAUCAAGAAAAGCGCGGACCAAGAUUGCUUCUUGAUGAACCAGUUCAUCUCCGCCGCCUCGUCGGCCACGCGCCACCCGGCUCUCGCCGUCUCGGCCUUCGACCGCGUGGAGAAUCCCAACGCCUUCGUCUACAACGCGAUGAUCCGAUGCCUGGCGCGCGGUUGCUCGCCGGUCCCUGCCCUCGAGUGCUACAAGUCCAUGCUGAGGGACGAUGUCCGUGCCACGAGUUUCGCCCUGUCGUCACUGGUCAAGGCUUGCGGUGCGGCGCAGGGCUCGGGGCUGGGGGAGAGUGUUCACGGUCACGCCUGGAGAAAUGGGUUCGGCUCGCAUGUGUUCGUGCAGACAGCUCUGAUCGAUUUGUAUGCGGGUUUUGGUAAUAUUAUAGAGUCGAGGAAGGUGUUCGAUGAAAUGCCCGAAAGAGACGCUUUUGCCUGGACUACGAUGGUCUCGGCUCAUGCCCGUUCAAGCGACAUGAGCGCUGCCAGGGCAUUGUUUGAGGAAAUGCCUGAAAGAAAUGUGGCUGCUUGGAAUGCUAUGAUUGAUGGGUACGCAAGGUUGGGUGAUGUUGAAUUGGCUGAGUCGCUGUUUGAACAGAUGACAGUGAGGGAUAUCAUCUCAUGGACGACUAUGAUCACAUGCUAUUCUCAGAACGGGCGAUUCAGAGAAGCAUUGACCACGUUUCGAGAGAUGACUGCUCAUGGAAUUACCCCUGAUGAAGUGAGCAUUGCUGCUGUAAUUUCAGCUUGCGCUCAUCUCAGUGCACUAGACGCGGGGAAGGAAAUCCAUCAUUAUGCAAUGCAGAACCGAUUCUGCGUUGAUGUUUAUAUUGGAUCCGCGUUGGUCGAUAUGUAUGCCAAGUGCGGGAGCUUAGAUAGUUCGCUUGUGGUAUUUUACAAGUUGCGAGAGAAAAACCUCUUCUGCUGGAACUCUGUUAUUGAAGGGCUUGCAAUGCAUGGUUAUGCAGAAAAUGCACUUAAAAUGUUCGAGAUGAUGGAGAGAGAAAAGAUAAAGCCUAAUGGGGUGACAUUUGUUAGCGUUUUAAGUGCGUGCACUCAUGCCGGGCUAGUAGAUGAAGGCCGACGGUGGUUUUGUAGCAUGACCGAUGAUUAUAACAUCACUCCCGGCGUCGAACAAUACGGAUGCAUGGUAGAUUUAUUGAGCAAAGCCGGAUUGCUGGAAGAUGCCCUCAAAUUGAUUCAGAAUAUGAAAGUCGAACCAAAUUCUGUUAUUUGGGGUGCAUUGCUUGGCGGGUGUAAGCUCCAUCGAAAUUUGGAGAUAGCUCAAGUUGCUGCUAAUGCAUUGAAGGUUUUGGAGCCAGAAAAUAGUGGGUACUCUGCUCUUUUAGUUAAUAUGUACGCGGAAGUGAGUCGGUGGGGAGAGGUUGCGAAGAUCAGAGCAUCCAUGAAAGAACAGAGAGUGGAAAAGGAAUGUCCUGGGGCUAGUUCGAUUGAAAUGGAAGGUGAGAUUCAUCAGUUUGCAGCUUCCGAUAAAGAUCAUCCGGAUGCCAGCGAGAUUUAUUUGUUGCUGGAUGAAUUGGAUGGACAGCUGAAGCUGUCCGGGAGCAGGGAGGAAAUUCAACAUUUAGUUCUUGUUUAGGGAGCUCUAAGUUUGUAUACUAAGAAUUUAAGUUAUUUCAGAUGCUCAAAGAGCUUUCACUUCACUUGAUUAUAUUGCUGCUUAAUUUUCUUGAA